AUGGCGAGCUUUGCAAACAGCCGCGCGUACUUUGAAGCACGUGCGCACGAGUACGGCGUUCCUGCUGAGUUGUUGACGCAUCUCCAGAACCAAGGCAUUAACGCGUUAGGACAAGAGUUCGAUGAGGGCCGCUUUGACACAUGGCUUAGAAGUGUGAAUGCCGGAGCUGAAGUGAUAGUGAUAGCUUCGCUGAAGGCGGCCGUGGAGGCACCCACCUCCGAGUCUGUAACGCCCAAGGCCAUUCCCUUCGCCGAACGCUCUGCGCGCCUAGCGCACAUUCGGGCCAAGCUCCCUGGAUUGCACCUGGAGGGUCCCGGAGAGCCGUCUCAAACUUUGCUCGACGAGGUUUGCUCCGAUGUCUCCAAGCCACUCCGGUCCAUUGAGUUGCCCGACGGCUUGCCGGGUUUGCCGCCCAGCGAUGUCAUUCGCGUGGCGCAGGUCUUAGACAAGGGCCGCUGCCCCUAUCUGCCAACCCUGCUGCGCAGGUUUAUUGCAAAGUGGACCCGUGAAGCUGCAAAUUUGGCUAAGGAAGAGGAAGAGCUGAAGAGGAAAAUGCUUGAGGAGACAGGUUUUGCUGACCUUGGUGCAGUGGACGAGCUUCAACUAGGUGCAGACCUGACAGGAGAAGUUCCUAAAACGCGGUUGUUGCCGCCGAAGUUUGUACCUGCCCUGCUAACACCUGACUCGCUCGCUAUGCGCGCCAAGCUUGACAGAGACAGAGUCCUGCAGGUUCCAGGUUCAGGUGAUAGUGAAAUUGACCAAGAGGUCUACGACAAAACUAUCGAUGAGGUUAGGUGUGGUUGGUUGCGGGGUCCUCUUGCCCCCGAGCAGGUCCCUGCUGAAGCUCCAAUUUCUAAGCGCUUUGGUUUAAGGCAGAAGCACAAAAUCAGGUUAAUCGAUAACUUUUCAGAGUCCGGUGUGAAUGAUUGCGUAACUGUGUGUGAAUCUCCAGUGUUGCAUACUGUUGACGUCGCGGGUGCCUUGGUGACUUGUUGGCUUGAGGAGUGCGCUCAUUCUCAGCGUGAUGCGACCCUUUUCGCGCGCGCGUUCGAUUUGUCCAACGCAUACCGGCAAGUUGCACUGAGCAAAGAGGGUCGAAAGUUCAGCCACAUAAGUGUCUUCAACCCGGCCUUAGGACAUCGUGAGAUUUUUCAAUGCUUGGUGCUGCCCUUUGGAGCAGUCCGAAGUGUGCAUUCUUUCCUGCGUAUAGCCAGAGCUUUGUGGCGCCUCGGUGUAGUAGGAUGCAAGUUGAUGUGGUCGUCGUUCUAUGACGAUUUCAUCACGUUCGCCCCCAAAGGGCUUGAGAGGAGUUCAGAGCUUGCUGCAGAAGCGCUGUUCAAGCUGACGGGAUGGCUUUUCGCAGAGUCAGGGAGGAAGUGCGUGCCAUUCAGCCAAACCUGCGAAGCUUUAGGAGUGAUUUUCGACCUGUCAUGUUCAGGGAGUGGCUUGUGUCGCAUUUCAAACACCGAAGCCCACGUAGCAGAGAUCAGCGCGGCUCUACUGGAUGUAAUUUCAAAGGGUUGCAUGACGAGAGCAGAGGCCCAGAAAUUGCGAGGUCGAAUGCAAUUCGCUGAAGCGCAACUUUUUGGACGCACAGCCAAGCGUUGUGUAAAGGUUUUGUCUAGCUUCACGGAGCAUCGCCGAUCUUUGCUGUCGGCCAAGGAGAAAGCUUUUCUUGAGUUGUUUCGCGCAUACCUAGUUUCUAGCAGACCUCGUGAGUUGAGGGCAUUAAACUCGAGUCCCACCUUGAUUUUCACAGAUGCCUGCUACGAGAGUGAUGCGCGCUCAUGGAAGUGUGGACUAGGAGGAGUUAUGAUUUCUUCAAACCGUGCGCAGGUUGAGUUUUUCUCGCUUGAGCUGUCAGAUGAGCAACGGGAGGUGCUUGGUGAACGUAGUAAAAAGCAGAUCAUUUUUGAGACUGAAACAUUGGCUGCUGUUCUUGCUUUUUCUUUUUGGUCUGCAGUGAUAGGAAACUCAAGGACAGUGAUUUUCGUUGACAAUGAGGGCUCUAAGUUUGCUUUGUUGAAGGGUGUUUCCGACAAUCUGUGCGUCGACUGUCUCGCCAUGAUCUUUGCAGAACAAGAAGCCAGACUAAGCUUGAGCCCGUGGCUUUCAAGGGUGCCUUCGCAUAGUAAUAUUGCAGACCCACCGUCUCGCGGUGAUCUAGAGCCACUCAAGUUCUUGAAAGGUGUCAAUGCGUCUACCCGUGCUUCCCUUAUGCUGGAAGUCGUGCUUGGCAGAUACCUUGAAAUGGGGGAGUGA